GGUUAACGAACUGGAAUCAUGCGUCUACAGGAACUUUACCACGAGUGUUUAAGUCGAUCCAGAGCAAAGCGGAGCAUCUGUAGCAGAAUAAACCGCAAAAAUUGGUCAAGUCAUGAACCAUUUGACCUGAGACUAAUGAUUCCUUGACUCGGGACUAUUAUCAUUCCCCUCGUUUUUGCCGGCUUAUACUGGCGUUGCCCCGUCGUCCUCGAUUCCUUCCUAAUUAAUUGUUUUUUCCCUUCUUGCCUCAUCUCUCCUCUGCAAGACUGCUUCACAUCCUCCAGAGCGCUCUUGUUGGCGCAGUCUCUCUCUCCCUCUCUCUCCCUGGUGGUUCUCUGUCGUCGUUCUCUUUUCCUCUCUCCACCAUGGGUUCUAUCUCAAGUCCCGCCGAGGCAGUGGCGAGACUUGCUUAUCUGGCGAGCGAUGUGAUUCUUUCAGUCCAGCCUUCACUGAGCCAGGACUCCGAAUUUUCCUACCAUUUGUCUCGAUUCACUGCGACCAAGACCAGGAAUCUGGUUUCCAACAACAUCCCCGAAGUCCUUGUCGUGCGUCAAAAUGCCGACCCUCUCCUCUCUGCAUAUUCGGCUCUCAAGGAAGGAAAAUUGGUAUCAGCCACAGCUCCUUCGUCCAUCCUCUUGAGCGCUGUUCCUCAUUUAUACAAACUUGCCCAAUAUCCCGUGGUCCUGCAUGUGGCUCUCGACUCCACACAUCCUGACUUCUCCGAUAUCAGUUCAGUGCGCCAGUCCGGUUUCACCUUUCUACAGUCAGAGACUCUCCAAGAAGCCCAGGACAUUGCCUUGACGGCCCAUGCCUUGGCCAUCAAGAGUGGCAAGGGUGUCAUUCACUUUUUCGACCCUACCAACUCGUCCAAGGAUUCCUCGAUUGCCGCCGAGGGCCGAGAAUUGCUAGAGUCCCUUUUCCAAGAUGCCCUGGGCACACCAGUGACGUAUUCGAGUCCAUCUGACGAUAUACUAUACGCAAAUGGUGGACGCACCGCCGUUGUGUCAGAAUUGGGCCUGCCCACCACUGUAACAGCACAGUCACCCCCUCGUACAACCUCCGAAAAUCUUUUCUCACCAGUGACGGCCCCCUCGUCCACCAAUGACACUACCGAUAUCUCUUCGGCAUCAUCUUCACGAAGAGAUAGCUCAUCCGAAAGCACAACACCCUCAUCCCUAGCCACUACUGUUGACGCCCCGGUUUCCAGACCAGUGAACGCCUCUGAUAUUCUCAACUAUGUCACUGAUAUCUGGGCCAAAAUUGAGCGGAGUACGGGCCGUGCUUAUUCACCAAUCGAGUAUUCUGGCCCACCUGAUGCGGAAGCAGCCCUAUUCAUCUUUGGCUCCACUGGUGUCUUUGUUGAUGUCUUGGAUGCAGAUGAUGUCGCUCCGGAGCUGACCAACGUCGGCCUCAUCACCGCUCGUUUGUAUCGUCCAUGGCAGUCGGCCGCAACUCUGCUAGCUGCGAUCCCUUCUUCGAUCAAGAAGAUUGCAGUCUUGGAACAGAUUAGGAGAAAGACUACCAAAUGGGGCCCUUCCUUUCUUGACCUGUUGUCAACCUUGAAUUCUACCGGUGAGGACAGAAGCUCCGUCUCCUUGGUCCAAUAUCGAUUGGGCCAGGUUGAUGCCGCCACAGCUCUGCAAGCCCUGCGAGGAAUUUUCCAGAACCUGGCACCUCCGACAACCCCGAGGAAGCAUGCUCGUCGACGAGGCCAUUCUCAAUCUGCUCCAAUCCUGAUUCAAAAUCUCUCAGUUGGUGCUGAAAUCCCUCCGCACGUUGACGACUUCAAACCCGAACAACCAGAGCUCGAGAAUGCCUAUCUCAAGAUCCUUGAUCAGCUCUUCAGCACCAGACUGUACAUUGCGAAUCAGCUGAAGCAGAAGAAUGCAGGUGUCUCAGCGACCUUGGCUGCUUCCCCUGAGUAUGGUCUUGGUUCCCUCCUCGCACGCAUCGAUAAACGCCAGGAAUUUUUGAAGGAAGCCGAGGUCGCUGCCCGAAGCAAGGAGUUCAUUACCGAAAGCCCCAAGCAAUGGCUCUCGAAAUGGGUUUUGAAUGCUCAAGAUUCGUCCAAAGCCAAUGAGAUUGCGCCCGAGGUAGUCUCCCGGUUGCAAAAUGACGGUUCACGAUUGGCCAGCCGCCUACUUGACAACAAGGCCUUUUUCUACAAGGAGGCACAGUGGCUCAUCGGUUCCGACGCCUGGGCAUAUGAUCUCGGCAACUCCGGUGUUCACCAUGUGCUUGCGUCCGGCGCAAACGUCAACCUCUUGAUCAUUGAUUCCGAACCAUAUUCGACUCGAGCGGCAGCUGAUUCUCAGCGACGGAAGAAAGACAUUGGCCUGUAUGCAAUGAAUUAUGGCAACGCUUACGUAGCCUCCGUUGCCGUUUACAGCUCAUAUACCCAGGUGUUGCAGGCAAUGAUCGACGCCGAGAAAUUCAAUGGACCUUCGGUAGUCCUCGCGUAUCUGCCAUACAAUAAGGAGGAUGACUCGGCAUUGACAGCUUUACAGGAGACCAAAAAGGCUGUGGACUUGGGCUACUGGCCUCUUUAUCGAUGGGACCCGUCGAAUGAAGAGAAGGGCGAGCCUACAUUCUCGCUGGAUUCGGAAAGAAUCAAACGAGAACUCGAACAAUUCUUGCAGCGCGACAAUCAUCUCACACAACUUAUGAACCGUCAUCCACAGUUUGCAGCCAACCUCUCCGAAUCAUAUGGAUCUGAGGUGCGCAAGCUGCAAAAGCGUACGGCCAAGGAUGCAUAUGAGCAGAUGUUGGAAGGCCUGUAUGGUGCUCCCCUGACCAUCCUGUUCGCGUCCGACAAUGGCAACGGUGUAAGUCUGGCCAAGCGACUUGGCAAUCGUGGAAAGGCCCGUGGCCUGAAGACCAUGGUCUUUGCCAUGGACGAUUACCCUGUCGAGGACCUUGCCAAUGAGGAGAAUGUUGUCUUCAUCACCAGCACAGCCGGUCAGGGAGAAUUCCCACAAAAUGGUCGUGGAUUCUGGGAAGCCAUCAAGGACACUGCCGAUGUCGACCUUUCCAAUGUCCAUUUCUCUGUCUUUGCACUUGGCGACAGCCAUUACUGGCCUCGAAAGGAAGACAAGAUCUUUUACAACAAGCCUGGCAAAGAUCUUGAUGCUCGGUUGGCUUUCUUGGGUGGCAAGGUCUUGACUCCUAUUGGCCUUGGUGAUGACCAAGACCCAGACACAUAUCAGACGGGAUACCAAGAAUGGGAACCACGUUUGUGGCAAGCACUCAAUGUGGCCAACGUGGAAGGCUUACCGGAAGAGCCACCCCCGUUGACGAACGAAGACAUUAAAAUCGCGUCCAAUUAUCUACGCGGUACCAUCGUCGAGGGGCUUCUUGACACCACUACUGGUGCCAUCUCGGCAUCUGAUCAACAACUGACCAAGUUCCACGGCACGUACAUGCAAGAUGACCGCGAUCUGCGAGACGAACGCAAGGCACAGGGUCUCGAGCCUGCGUAUUCCUUCAUGAUUCGAUGUCGCUUGGCUGGAGGUGUGGCCACACCGCUUCAAUGGCAGCAAAUGGAUGCCAUUGCCUCUGCCCACGGAAAUGAAACCAUGAAGCUGACGACUCGACAAACGUUCCAGUUCCACGGAGUGAUCAAAUCCAAGUUGAAGGGGGCUAUGCAGGCUAUCAACAGAUCGUUGAUGACGACCAUCGCAGCAUGUGGUGACGUGAACCGAAACGUCAUGUGCUCUAGCUUGCCAACCAUGUCCGAAUACCAUCGAGAGGUGUAUGCGGUGUCCCAGAAGAUAUCUGAUCAUCUGUUGCCUUCGACAACAGCCUACCACGAGAUUUGGCUGAAGGACGAUGCCACGGGUGAGAAAACUCAGGUUGCUGGCGACGCGGUUCAAGAUUUUGAGCCUUUGUAUGGCCCUACAUAUCUCCCACGAAAAUUCAAGAUUACCAUUGCGAUCCCACCUCACAAUGACACGGACGUGUACGCGCAUGAUGUGGGCUUGAUUGCCAUCAGGGGCAAGGACAACCAUCUUGAGGGCUUCAACAUCUUGGCCGGAGGUGGCAUGGGUGUCACGCACAAUAACAAGAAGACCUACCCGCGCACUGGGUACAUGAUGGGAUAUGUCGCCGCCGAUAAGGCACAUCUUGUGUGUGAGAAGAUCAUGCUCGUGCAGCGUGAUCACGGUGAUCGCAAGAACCGCAAACAUGCUCGACUCAAGUACACAAUGGACGACAUGGGAAAUGAAGUGUUCAAGGCCAAGGUUCAAGACCUCCUGGACCCAUUGAAGAUCAAAUUUGAGGCACCGAGACCUUUCAAGUUUGAUUCCAACAUCGACACGUUUGGCUGGCAAAAAGACGAGAAAGGGCUGAACCAUUUUACGUUUUUCAUUGAGAAUGGUCGAAUCGAAGAUACCGCGGAUUUCCCCAUGCGGACCGGUCUUUUGGAAAUCGCCAAAGUCCACAAGGGCGAAUUCCGGCUGACGGGAAACCAGCACCUGAUUCUUUCGAAUGUCACGGAUGAAGAGAAACCGAAGCUGAUUGAACUGAUGAAGCAAUACAAGCUUGACAACACGCAAUUCUCAGCAAUGCGACUAUCAAGCUCGGCAUGUGUGGCAUUCCCGACUUGUGGUCUUGCCAUGGCGGAAUCGGAACGAUAUCUUCCGGUGCUCAUCACCAAACUCGAAGGGGUGUUGGAGGAGAAUGGGCUCAGCCAGGAUUCGAUCGUGAUGCGAAUGACAGGAUGUCCUAACGGGUGUGCCCGACCUUGGUUGGCAGAAGCAGCGUUUGUGGGCAAAGCGUACGGGGCAUACAAUAUGUACCUGGGCGGUGGGUACCACGGACAGCGACUGAACAAGCUGUAUCGCAGCAGCAUCAAGGAGGACGAGAUCCUCGAGAUCAUGAAGGGGCUGUUGAGUCGGUAUUCCAAGGAACGCAACGCCGGCGAGAGAUUCGGUGAUUGGACGAUCCGCGCCGGCGUGAUCAAUGAGACCACUGAAGGCAAAUUUUUCCACGAGGGAACCGCGGAGGAGGAAAGCGAUGAGGAAUAGAUUUCUCCCAGUUGUGUGAUGGGGCGCUCAGUGAUGAAUCUCGCACCAGGAACAAUGAACAGGAGGAUGGUGAGCGGGACAAAAUUUGACCAUGUCUGAUUAUAUGAGCCUGCAGGAGAUUUGCAUAGCGGCGUAGCAUGAUAAAAAUUUGGGAAUGCAUGCGUGUGCCAUCGGGACCGAGACGAGUCCUGUUAAUGUUGUCAAUACAUAUAAGAACAUUUAUCACUAAGCACCACGCAAGCGUUUGUGUGAUCCCUUUUCACAUUCAAGUAGAUUUGGUUGGAG